ACGGUUUUGAGUCUGGAGUUGCUUCAAUAAGGAAGAGUUUGGUGGUCCUCAAGUGAAGGAUGAUGGAUUCACGAGCAUGCUUGACCAUUGAUGUAGCUCCGUCUCCCCUUCCCCCCAAGCACCGAGUGACUGAUCUGAUACGUUCUUCACAAAUGCUUUUACAAUUCAUAUCCAGUGUAGUUUUGGGGGUGCAGUGAACGGUGCUGUAUUUUGUAUUAUAGCAGGGAAAGCUAUAGAUGGGAAAACAAAGGCCGUCCAAAAUGGUGAUUAGGAAUAUCACCCUUUCUUUUGCUGUAAAUUGAUAUGCUCUCCUGUCAGUAAUGCUGCUGCUCUGCUCUGCUCUGUGUGAGGCCAGUGAGACCUGCUUGGCAGUCACUGAAGCAAACUACCUCAGUACAGGAAGCACUGCUCUUGAUGGUCACAAGGACAAAAACCAACACAAAGCCCCAAGACUUGGUGUGUGGUUUGUUACUCUAGUCAUGCAAUCCGCAGGAUUCUAAAGGAAGCUGAUUUUCUGUUGCUGAAGGCAAAUGUCGACCAAGCUUUGAAGUAGCUUUAAAACUCAUGCAUGGGCAGCCUUAUUAUUUUUAAAAUUGCAAACUUUUACUUUAACUUAUUUCCCUUCUCCUGAGAAAUGCUGGAAAAGAAAAAGACCUCAAAGCAAAGAGAUUGGGCAGGGGAAGAAAUGUUGAACUGAAAACGCAUGUUAAUAAGGUACUGAGUGGUUUAGAGCGCUGGUGCGUCCUGCGCUGAGCAUGCCUUGUGGAAUCAGACUUGCUUGUGCUGAUCGGCCUGUCUCCCCUCUCCGGCGUGCAGCUGCUUUGCAGGCCUUGAAGCGCAAGAAGAGGUACGAGAAGCAGCUGGCGCAGAUCGACGGCACGCUGUCCACCAUCGAGUUCCAGAGGGAAGCGCUGGAGAAUGCGAACACCAACACCGAAGUGCUCAAGAACAUGGGCUUCGCGGCCAAGGCCAUGAAGGCCGCCCAUGAAAACAUGGACAUCGACAAAGUCGACGACUUGAUGCAGGACAUCACAGAGCAGCAGGAGCUGGCUCAGGAGAUCUCGGACGCGAUAUCCAAGCCCGUAGGAUUUGGGGAGGAGUUUGACGAGGAUGAGCUAAUGGCAGAACUGGAGGAAUUAGAACAAGAGGAAUUGGAUAAAAACCUCCUGGAGAUUGGUGGCACUGAAAAUGUACCGCUGCCCAACGUACCCUCCACGUCGCUACCUGCCAGACCAGCAAAGAAGAAGGAAGAGGAAGAUGAGGAUGACAUGAAAGACCUGGAGCGCUGGGCUGAGGCUGUGUAGUCCGUCUUGGCAUUGUGUCAACAUCAGGCCAACGGAUAAAAAGAAAAAAGAAAGAAAAGACUUUGUCAGCUGACACAGUGGUUGUAUCGUGUUCUGCUGGGAGAAAAAAAAAUCUUAAAAAGAAAAAAAAGAUUAAUACUCCAAUACCUGUAGCUCUUAAUAUCAUCCCAAAGCAGUGAAGGGGUAUAAAGGCUUAUCUUUCAAACCAUCUUCCAUCUUGGGAUAAAAGAACCUCUCCUUUCAGACGUCCGUGUACUCUUGCAGAUCCCUGACGAAUUCACUACAGUACACCAGCCCUCAUGCUUCGAGACUCUUUGCUGCACUCCUCUGCUCGUUAUGGAACGUCGUUGCUUUAUACUGUGCACAUGCGUUACUUCAGUGCACAACAGCAGUAGAUUUCUCAACGCAAUAUCCCUGCUCCACCUGCAGCUGUCCCAGUCCGAAUCGCAGGCGCUGCAGAAUUGUGCCCAGCCAGCUCCCUGAUUGUGUGGUGGAAUAACGCAGCGGUCCUCAUUGCUGGUUCUGGAGAGAGAGCCCUGUGGGUAUUACAGAGGAACAGGCCCACUCCAUAAGUAAAGGCCUGGACGCUAGUCAUAGGGGGGUUGCUUGGUGAAAUGAUUCAGUAGGUAAGGAGCUCAGGUGGGAGGACGGCCCUGCGGCUCUCUGUUGCCAGCAGUGAGGAUCCCUGGUGUGACGGUUAAGGUGCUGGUUGUACUGGAGAGCUGCAGUGCAGUGGAACAGCAAGCUUGCACGUGACCUAAUUCCUGCCUCAGACUUUCCAAUAUUAUUAUUGUUUCUAAAUCGGAUUACCGGUGAGCGGGGAACUGGAUGCCCACUGUUGGUAGGGUGCAGCUCUGGAGUUAAACUGGCUAAUCGUGUUUCUGCAUUUUCUUUGAUUAGACUUUUUUUUUGUAUUCCUUCAGAAUAUUUUUAUGCUAUAAUAAAGUUUCAGGAAGGACGAAUUUGAGAUUUUCUAAUUGGCUUUUUUAUUAGCAAGCUUUUAAGAGUGGAAUGUGGUAUUUUGUCAGGUUGAAAUACAGUCCUAAAAGGAUUAAAGGGGCUAGGAUUAUUUAAAUUUAGGGGUUUCAAUGAAUUAAUGUUCCUUAACAUUUAUGUAGUUCCUUUUGGUAUUUAAUGGCAGUUUUCGUGUUUGCUUUUCUGAGAAGGAAAUAUCUAUCAAAAUAUUUAUAGUUUGUAAGAACCUAUUACAAGAGAGGUUAGAAUACAAUGACAUACAUGCAGUAACUGUAUUUAAAAUGAAAUGCACAGAAAUACUUGAAGGUAUUCCAGUAUACAUGCAAAUUCAGGUUUUUCUUUAUUCUGUCAAUAUUUAUCUUUUCUUUUUAUUUCUGUGCCCGCCUACCUUUAUCGUGCUCAUGGUACACCAGAAUUAAACUUUUGCCAAAUAUGUCA